ACACACAGUGGAAUACUUUUAUAAUGCCCUUUUUAAUGAAGUUGAAUUUACAUGUCUACCAGAAGCUAUUUCCUUGCAAACAUUGGAACGUGCCAUAAUGUAUGUUGAAUCAAUUGAUGAACAGAAAGAAUUAUUUUACACAUAUAUCACAGAAUUGGUUAGUACCAGCAAAACACCAUCAGUUAAACGUGCCCCAACUUCUGAUGAAUAUAAAAAAGCUGUUUUAAUGACACCGGGUGCCUUCGUCACAUACAGAUCUUUCAAACAAAGUACAUCAAAAAGAUUUCGCGGUUUACUAUCCCAAGAAUUUGUUAAGUUUAUAGAAAACUUUGUUAACAAAGACAUUGGUCGUUUGGUUAGUGUAAGAGCAGUUGGGUCGUCAAAAUCAUCAAAAGUAUUUGUUAAAAAAGAAUUUAGGGACUUGCCAUCCGAAAUAAAAAAUUGGUUACAAGAAAGUGAAUAUGAAACAAAAAGGCUCGCCAAACAUCCUGUUUGUAUUACGGAUCGGAUUAUCGAGUCUAUUAAUCUUGAAAUUCAUUAGCAAAAAUUUUUCAAAUAAUCCUUUUUCUAUAUCCAUAGAAUAAGUCGUUCUUACUUAUAAAAAAGUUUACAAAUUUAUCAACACCAAAAUAUAUAGGUUAGCUAUAACAAAGUUAAUCGGGUUUAAAAUUGUAAAUUUUAAUAAAACUUAUUUUACUCGAUUGACAAAUUGUAUACAGAUAUGCCGAGGCAAAAAAUGCUCGAAAAAUAACAACAGUUUCUUAUAAAAAAUUGCUUGUACAUGAAAAAGUAUAAACACUGUUCGGAAAGUUGCGUAACAUUUGAGUUGUGUUCAGCAUGUUUUUACUAUUAUUUGUAUUGCUUAAAUUUAAUCACGUUUUCUUAUUUUCUGUAUGAUUAAUAUGAGUAAUUGUAAAAAAAGUUUCUGAAGACAAGUCAUGUGUUUUUGAUGAAUCUUUUAACACUGCAAGAGUAGCUAAAAUUAUGCAAUGUAGGGAAUUCAUUAACGUCCCGUUAUCUGACAUAAGCUUUUCUGUGUAUCGCGAAUGACAAAUACUCUGCCUGAGAAAUUACAGUAAGGGACCAUAGUAAGUACAUUUUCUAUUAUUUUAUAAUUAUAUUACAAUUUAACGAUUCAUUAUUCGUUUUUCAAAUCUACAAAUAUUCUUUGAUACAAUAAUUUCAAUAACUUGCAAAGAAGUUGAUUAAUUUCUGAUUAAAUCAUAGCAUGGAUUACCCACCGUUAAAAAGAUUAAGAAGCCGGGGGACACAAUGUGGUGUCAAUAGUGUUAGUCAUGACAAGUCUACGCAAUUUGGACCUUCUCAUAACAGUUAUGAUCGUUUUAUCCGCUCAUCCGAUAAAACAGCAUUUACAACACACAAAUACUUAAUCACAAACAUCACGAAUACCAAAGAGAAUGCCUUAUCGUGGUGUUUUGAUAACAAUUUGUUAAUCAAACAAAGAAAAUGCGAUAAAUGUAACAAUGACAUGAUCUUGUCUAAGUGCAAAAGUUCAGAUGGAAUUAGAUGGCGUUGCCAAAAGAAUGGUCAUUUUGUUGAAACGUCAAUUCGCAAAGGUAGCUGGUUUGAAAAGUCUAAUUUGACGAUAGAAGAGGUGAUUGAAAUGACGUAUUGGUGGACCACUGGUAUCGAUCAAAAUCAAAUAGCCAAACAAAUGUGCAUAUCAAGUUCUACUGCUGUUGACUGGGAUAUGUUUUGCCGAGAAACGUGUGAAGUAUUACUCUUCCAAAAUUCAUCAAAGAUUGGCGGUAAAGGUGUACGAGUUCAAAUUGACGAAAGUAAGUUUGGAAAGCGUAAAUACCACAGGGGCCAUCGUGUAGAUGGACAGUGGGUUUUUGGUGGUAUAGAAGAAGAAUCGCGAAAGAACUUUCUUGUAGCGGUAGAAAAGAGAGACAGAGAGACGCUGAUACCUAUAAUAAAAAAUUGGAUCCUGCCUGGUACAACUAUAGUUUCAGAUUUUUGGAAACCAUAUGAUAUUUUAAGUGAAUUAGAUUUUGAACAUUUAAAAGUUAACCACUCAGUUGAAUUUGUUAACUGUAACGGAGAUCAUACAAAUAAAAUUGAAGGACACUGGAGGCAAGUUAAAUCAACAUUACCAUCAUUUGGAGUAAAAAAAUCCCACUUUUCAUCUUACAUGGCGGAAUUUAUGUGGAGAUAUGCUAACAAGGAUCAAGAUUUAUUUUCGAAAUUCAUUUGCGACUUAUCUUCUGUGUAUUUGUCGGAUGAAAUUUUCGCAUUUUCAUAAUUUAUUUUCGGAUUUUUUCAAUGGAUUCCUAAUUUCAAUUACAAGAUAAAAAGUUUUUCAAAAAUUUUGUUGCAAUUUUAAAAAAAGCCUUUUUCUUCGUUCUUAUUAUUUAACUUUAAAGAUUUCCAUUUGAGUUUAGAUACAUUUCCACUCAAGAACAGACGGAUAGAAGAAUUGAAAUUUUUCGUUCUGUACAAACUGAUAUUUGAAAUCAAUUCGACUGUCCUUGCAGAUAUAUUUUAAUCUUGAAUUUGACAAGAACAAAAAAUAUUAACUAUAAAUUCUAUGCGGGAAUCCUUUUAAACAAUUUAUCACCAGGCUAUUAUUGUGUAUUUAAUUUGCAGUAAAUAUGAAAUUUUAAAAUUUUAAAAUGUUUUAUCCACCUACUAGGAUUUAUAGAUUUAUAUAAUUAUCGUUGGUCGUUGGCCGUUGGCUCGUAACCAUUUGUUGCUCGUAACCGUUUCGUUGGUAGUUGGUCGUUGGACCAUAACAAAUACUUUUUCCUAAUUGUCAUCGUUGGUCGUUGGUCGUUGGCCGUUGGAUGAUAACAAAUACUUUUUCCUGAUUGUCAUCGUUGGUCGUUGGUCGUUGGCCGUUGGAUGAUAACAAAUACUUUUUCCUGAUUGUCAUCGUUGGUCGUUGGUCGUUGGCCAUUGGAUGAUAACAAUUACUUUUUCUUGAUUGUCAUCGUUGGUCGUUGGUCGUUGGCCAUUGGAUGAUAACAAAUACUUUUUCUUGAUUGUCGUCGUUGGUCGUUGAAUGAUAACAAAUACUUAGAUAAAUAAUUUUAAAUAAUAUGAUAGUUGGUCGUUGGUUAUUUGCAUUACUGUCUUCUGCUGUAAAGGGGA